UUGUGUCCCCUAGCUUAACAGGCUGAAUGGAUCGGCUCUCCUUGAUUUUGUUUUUAAUUUGUGAUCAUGCGUUGAUUGUGAUAAAAGUGUUGGACUUUCAUGUCUACGUGUGCUUCUGCUGCGUUUUCGGCUCCUGGUUUGCAACAGAGGAGCUGGUCUGGCUGGAGGUGGGCAACAUCGUCAGCGCCGACCCUCGCAUCUCCCAGUCGGAGUGCAAGGCCAGGUGUGAUGCUCACUUCUCACUGAGCGAUGCCCUGGACGAAUCUCUCACAGACAUCAUUUGUCAACGGGAAUGUGAGCUGGCUGUGGCCGGUCACACAGACUUCCAGCGACCACCAGGAGACCGUGGCGGCCGUGACUAGAGAUGUCGAAUGGAUAUCAUCAGGGACUGAGAGGAGUUUUAAAUAAGACUUUGAGAGCAAAGUAAGCGUUAACGUGACAAUGAUUGUCAAAAAGUCAGGUUGAUAUGUCUACAACACUGAUUAUUCAAUAAACACUU